AUGGCCACAGCUCAGGUUGUGUCAGUUCCAACACCAGUAGCAGAGACUGUUAAAACUGAGGAAGUGAAGACCGUUGUAGAGGCACCAAAAGAAGAAGCGGCAGCAACACCCGCCCCCAAGGUGGCGGCCGAGGAACAAGUGAAAGAAACCGAAGAAGAGGUGGCUGUACCACCAGCUCCUGAGGUGGUGACAGAGGAACAAAAGCAAGAAACCAAAGAAGAGGUGGCAGCACCACCAGCAGAGGAACCUGUUACUCCUGUAGCCGAGACUAAGGAGGUUGCAGUAGAAGAGACCGUGGCAGAAGAUGAGACCAAAGAAGUUACACCCAAAGAGACCGUGGAAGAAAAAGUAGAGGCUGAAGCUCCUAAGGAGGCUGCUAUUGAGGAGACUAAAGAAGAAGCCCCUGAAUGCAAAGAUGCACCAGUGAAGGAAGCAGUUGCGGAGGAGGAGAAACCAGCAGAAGCAGUGGCGCCGGCAGCGAAAGAGGAGUGA